AAAUUCGUGAUAAAAAAAUUAUUGAAAAUUCUGAAGAAAAUUCUUUUAUUUCGAAUUACUUGAACGAAGAAAGAAUAUUAUUUGAAAAUUUGAACUAGAUUUAAACGAAUUCAACGUCCUUGUCUUGAUAUUUAUGAAAAAUUGAACAGAUCACUUGGGUAAUAAUUUCGCUCAGGUAAUUUUUUGUAAUCGAAUCAUCGAAUCCUUAUUGUUGUUUUUCUGAAUCUACAGCAAAAUAAAGAUCCCUUAAUCGUCAACCUCGUCUCAGACUUUAUUUACUUUACGCCAUGGCAACGUUACACCGAGAAGCAAUCCAGAAACAAAUCCAGCAAGAUUGGGCGAAUCGCGAAUACAUCGAAGUGAUAACCGGAAGCAUUAAAAAGAUGACCGAUUUCUUAAACUCGUUCGAUAUGUCAUGCAGAUCACGAAUAGCAGCGCUUAAUGAAAAAUUGACUAUAUUGGAGAGAAAAAUUGAAUACUUGGAGGCAUGGGUAACAAAAGGUGAAUCGUCGAAUUAGAUCGAGCAGCGAGAUAUGAACGUGUGGAAAUUUUUUAUACUUUAGUAACAUUUGUACUCGUAUUUGUAAAUAUUUAUAAAUUAUUAUUCAUUUAUACGCUUUGUACCUCAUUAUAUGAUUAAGUUUAAUAUUAAAUAAUACUCCAAUAUACUUUUAAUUUAUCGUGAAAA